AUGAAGCUGAGAAGGGCGUGGCCCGUUGUGGCAUCCACAAGUUGGUCAAUUCAGGGGAGAAGGAAGUUGUCCUUUAGACAGGCGCGAUUUAGGUCGCCACGUAGUGUAGUCUGCCUCCUUGAUGAAACCGAUACUUUAGAGUUUCUCCACCUUCACUUUCAUGGCCUCAUAUCAUUCUGGGUCAUAGGCUUGACGCUUCUGCCGAACAGGUCAGACGACGGGGUUGAUGCUAAGUCGAUGGGAGAUGAGAUCUGGCGAUAUGCCUGGCAUAUCAUUGUAGGACCAAGCGAAGACCUUAGAGUUGACGCAGAGAAAGGCUAUAAGGGCAAAGCGAAGGUCAGGGAGAAUGGAGGUACCGAUCUGUACCUGCCGAUUCAGGAAGUCGUCAUGAAGGUAGAUGAGUUCCAGGUCUUCCAUGGGUUCGACUCGGGGGGGUAA